AUGACAUCGCUUCCCCGUGCAGCUCCUCAGGAGCUUCACAUUGACACAACCGCCACCAUGGUUCUUUUGCCCAUCGAUACUGAAAGCGAGUUGCCCGCAGUUGAAGCAGCUCAGCUCUCACCCAAGACGGAUCGUGUUCGGCAUCAUCUCAUCCCAGCCCGCACAAGCACCUGCGUGCGCGCACCGUGCCUCAAACGACAGGCCUCAGUUCCCAUCCCAAGCAUCAUCACCGAUGUAGCCUCAGCUCGUCGUCACAGCAAUCACAGUCAGGACCGCGUCGCUUCCAAUCCUUUGCCGACCUCAUUUGCCGCUCCUCGAAACCUGGUACUUCAGUCCAGUUCUCGUCAUGUACACUUUGACGAAGCUCCGCCAGAGGAGUUUUUCGUGCUUUCGGGCGAGUCGUACGACCGUCGUCCCAUCAAAUGCACUCAGGGUGGUUCUGAGUUUGACAUGAGCCUUCCGCCUCGUUCCACGUCGUACAAUGGAGACGAAAGCAACGACGAUGACGCCUCUGCCGCGGACGAUGGCUCUGCCCCCCUCGAGCCUGCCGACGAGCCUGCACCCGACGUCGGCUUCUUCCACGACCCUUCGCUCGAGAAUUGGGCGUGCAUCAAAAACGGUACUGUCAUCGCUUCGGUUGGCUAUCAGCCUCGACAGCAGCAGUCUGGCCUCAUGGCUAGCGGCAAAUCGCUCCACUUUUCUGCCUUAUCCUCCUUGCAACAUGCUUCUGCUCUCAACGGAGGUGCAGACGCGGACACGCAAGAGCUUGAGCCGCAAUCUUCCUCUCAAAAGGUGAGCUUACCGGUGCAUGGCUUCCGUUCAUUUGGCGGGCUCCAGAACAGCCUUGCGACCAAGACUACCGCUGUUGCCAUGCCGUCAGAGCAGUCAGCCACGCCUAAGCACAUUGUGUCAAGCCCCGAGACUACACCACCGGCUUUGCGCAGUUAUUCGCCCGAUGCCACACCCAUGCCCAGCCCUAGUCUGCACAAAUCCAUUGGCGCAUUUACGAGCGUUGGCUACUUUGACACUUCUUUGCAUGGCAGCAGCCGUCAAGAUGAUCUGUCGAGCAGCCAGGCAACUCUUCGAAGCGAGAAUGCACUUGGCUCCAUGGAAAUACUGCAAGACGCGCCAGUACCAAAUCUCGCCGCUCCGGACCAUGACCUUUGUAUGGCAGAGCCAGUGUCUAUCAGCAACAAUGGUCUUAGCAGCCCGACGUCUGCCAAUCCUCUUGCCGCUGUUUCCGUCAAGCUUCCCGAGACAGUUGCAUUAUCGGCACCGCGGCGCAUGGGCCUUGAGAGGAGGAUGGCCAACAAGGAAGCCGUGCGCAUCUCCAGCCUCCAUCCUCCCGCAUACACGCAUGCGAAUGGUUCGGCAUCGUCUCCUAGUUGGUCUGGUCUGCUCGGCAUUUCCGCGUCGCCUCUGUCUUCGCGGUGUUCCUUGGUGGAUCCAUGGAGCAGCCUGAGCAGCGAUGGUGAUGGGGAUGGAACCGAUUCACCUUGCAACGAGACGAGCUGGAUCAGCAGCAAUUGUACAAGCCCUGAUCUGAGUUCGUUUGAGCAAGUGAGCGCUGACGGCUUCUACCACAAAGCAGGCCCGCUCGCCGCAUCUGGGUCGAGUACAAGCUUGCUCGAGGCACGCAAUCUCAAGCACGUCAAUGUCGCACCUGCGCUUCGAAAUGGCGCCUUCGACCACGCAAACGUCUCUGUCGAGUCUUCAGACGAUCUUGAUCACGAGAUCAUCACACCCAAGAACAGUGGUUUCGCAGAUGACGCAAAAUUUUCGUCUUCGGUCGAGACUGUCAACACCUUAAGCUGGGACCGCAAGCACGUGGCGGUCGCGGCCGUGUCUUCUGCCCAGUCGCACGGUGGUAUCUCGAGCGGAGAUGUGUCGGCAUCCGAGGCCACGACGCCAGACUCGUCUCGUCGACCUAGUUUUCAUCACAAUGACUACAUCUCUCCUAGGAUGCGUUUAAGCUUUGGUCGCGAUGAUGAUACACUUGACAUGGACAAUCUGGACGAGGACGAUGCACACGUGCUCCGAAUGCGCUCGCUCAGUCGGGAUGGCCACGCCAAGAAGAAGUCAACCAAGUGCAGGUAUUGUCGCACGCUCCGCCAGCGCAUUAAGGAAUCAAGCUCCGAGUCCUCGGCGCCGAUGUCCUCUGGCGGAUCAGCGCAAAUCACGGACGCGGAAGAGGAUGCAAUAGGCAAGGCGAGUCCUGUUACGUCGAUCACAAUGUCUCAGCUACAGGAGCACGACGAUGCCAAUAUGGUUUUCGUGAGCUCUACCGAGGUGUCAGAGGUGGAAGAGGAGGAUGGCCGCCCACAUUCGCCUCUUACACAAUUACGCGCCAGCGUACGCUCGCUGAGCGUGGAAGAAAGAUCGUCGAACACGUCGCGUUCCGAUUCACGCGAUGGAUCGGCUUUGGUGCCUGGAUUGGUGGCCAUAACCUCUCAGCACGAUCGCGAGUCCUCAAACUCGCCCGCCGAGAGCAGCUCCGAAUCGCCGCACCUGUUGACGAUCAACACGCCGAUGGUGUGUACGUGCGACAAGAAGCGCGAAAAGGAGCGUCUCAAGAAAAAGAUCCGCAGGGAGCGUGAAUUGGAGCGCGAACGUGAUCGCGAGUGGGAGCGAGACCAGGCGAAAGGAAGGCAGAAGAAGUUGUUCGGCGAAAGCUUCGGUGAUGCCGAUACCAGCUGUCUCUCUGCGCUUGAUGGCUUCUAA